GGGCCACUGACCAGAAGCGGCCUAAGGCUAGAGAGGCCAGGCCAGGCCUACAGUGUGGACACAAGACAGAGACCACAGUUGACCACAGGUAACAAACUAUGGAAAGAAAAACCACAAAUAAAAGGAAAGAACUGUAUCUCUACUCGGACACCAGGCCGAUCCAGGAUGGGAUGGGCAGCCCAGUGCACCGAGUGUCGAUGGGGGACACCUGGAGCAGGCAAGUGCACCCCGACAUAGAGAGCGAGAGGUGCAGGCAGUCCUUCGACGUGGAACGGCUCACCAACAUCCUCGAUGGAGGUGCCCAGAACACUGCACUCCGGAGGGAAGUUGAGAGCAUCAUCCACAGUGACCCAGAAUUUAGCCUGAAGGAAAAUUAUUUCAUGAGCCAGAGAGAGCGUUACGAGGCCGGCGUUCGGAGGAGAUUCCACGUCCAGAUGCUAGCACAGCGCCUGGGCUGGUUGGAAAACGGUUGUGAAUUACAUUACGCUUACAGAGCCAUUUCUGGAGACCUGGGCUUAGGUUUACACUCUAUCUUCCUGAAAGCCCUCAGGAACCUGGGCUCGGAGGAGCAGAUUGCCAAAUGGGCCCCACUCUGUGAAAAGUUCCAGAUCAUCACCACGUACGCCCAGACAGAACUGGGACAUGGGACAUAUCUUCAGGGCCUGGAGACUGAAGCCACCUAUGAUGCAGACACUCAAGAGUUUGUGAUACACAGCCCCACACUAACUGCCACCAAAUGGUGGCCAGGUGACCUGGGACGGUCGGCCACCCACGCCCUGGUCCAGGCCCAGCUAAUCUGUUCGGGAGCCCAGCAGGGCAUGCAUGCCUUUAUUGUGCCCAUCCGGAGCCUCCAGGACCACACCCCACUGCCAGGAAUCACCAUUGGAGACAUCGGGCCCAAGAUGGACUUGGAGCACGUGGACAAUGGCUUCCUGCAACUGGACCACGUGCGAGUCCCCAGGGAGAACAUGCUGAGCCGCUUUGCACAGGUCUCGCCAGAUGGCACCUACAUCAAGCUUGGAACAGCACAGAGCAACUACUUCUCCAUGGUGGAGGCACGGGUAAACAUACUGUCGAAUGAGAUCCUCCCUGUGCUGCAGAAGGCUUGCGUCAUCGCCAUUCGCUACUCAGUCCUACGCCGCCAGUCCAAGCUCCGGCCCAGUGACCUGGAAGCAAAAAUCCUGGACCACCAGACUCAGCAGCAGAAACUCUUUCCUCAGCUGGCUACAGCCUAUGCAUUUCAUUUCCUGGCAAACAGCAUCUUGGAAUUCUUCCAUGACUCCCACAGUGCCAUUCUGGACAGAGAUUUCAGCCUCCUGCCUGAGCUUCAUGCCCUGAGCUCAGGAAUAAAGGCCAUGGUAUCAGACUUCUGUAUCCAGGGGACCGAGCUGUGUCGCAGGGCCUGCGGUGGACACGGCUACUCAAGUCUGAGUGGCCUACCAUCAUUGGUCACCAGAGUGACAGCCUCCUGCACCUAUGAGGGUGAGAACACAGUGCUCUACCUGCAGAUGGCCAGGUUUUUGGUGAAGAGCUAUAUGCAGGUUCAGGCAUCCCCAGUCUCCACAUCACAGAGGUCUCUCCCAAAGUCUGUUGCAUACCUGAUCACACCUGGCCUGGAUAGAUGCCCAGCCCAGAGGGCAGCUGACUUCCUUCACCCAGAGCUCUACACCAUGGCCUGGGCACAUGUGGCAGUCAGACUCAUAAAGGACUCAGUGCAUCAUUUACAGACUCUGCUGCAAUCUGGGGCUGACAAGCACGAGGCAUGGAACCAGACCACUGUCAUACACCUCCAGGCUGCUAAGGCACACAGCUACUAUGUCUCUGUGAAGAGUUUUACAGAAGCUCUGGAGAAACUAGAAGAUGAGCCAGCAGUUCAACAGGCACUCAAGCGCCUCUGUGAUCUCUACGCUUUGCAUGGCAUCCUGUCUAACGCGGGCGACUUUCUCCACGAUGGCUUCCUUUCUGGGGCCCAAGUAGAUAUGGUGAGAACAGCCUACCUGGACCUGCUUCCUCUCAUCCGGAAAGAUGCCAUCUUGUUAACUGAUGCUUUCGACUUCACCGAUCAGUGUUUAAAUUCAGCACUUGGCUGUUAUGAUGGAAAUGUCUAUGAACGGCUGUUCCAUUGGGCUCAGAAGUCACCAACCAAUGCUCAGGGGAACCCUGCCUAUGAGAAAUAUAUAAGACCUCUAUUACAAAGCUGGAGAUCCAAGCUAUGAAAUAAGCAACAGCAUUCAAGAAGCUCUAAUCUGUGAUAAUGCUAGUAUGGCAUAUAUAAUUAAAAUUAUUAAGUACA